AUGCUGACAGUACUGGGUGUUCCCCCAUCCCCCUUUUGCCCUCUGUUGCCUCUGCUGCUGCUGUCGACCUCGUUGGCACCUAGUCGGUCGGCGCUGCGUGUGCCCCUAGCGGGAGGCGCCGCAACGGCAAGGGCAAGGGGGGCAAGGGUGCUGGGGGAGCGGGGGGGGGCGGUGGUGGUGGCGGUGGGGGCGGCGGAGGGGGUGGGGGUGGCGGUGGGAGUGGUGGCGGGGGUGGGGGCUCUGGUGGCGGCGGCGGAGGCGGCGGCGGCGGUGGCGGUGGGAGUGGAGGAGGCGGUGGUGGCGGUGGCGCUGGUCGAGGUGGCUCAGUGCCGCGGGGAGGCUUUGGUGGUGGCCAGCGUUUGCAGCAGCAGCGCUCUCGUGAGACCCCGCCGCCCCAGCAGCUUCGUGAGUGGUACGCUGCGCGUCAGUGGUCUGGGGGUGCUGGUCCCUGUGCCUACGUCCUACGUACUGUUGACCGCACUGGGGAGCCGUGCGGUGGGCCGCACACCACCCAGCGCUGCUUUGGCCGCCUGA